AUGGCCUCCUCCGCUCUGGCCACCACGGCCGACACUUCAGCGUACAGUGUCCGAUCUUUGUAUCGAGCACUAUUACGGCAAGGGAAUCAGUUCGCAAACUACAACUUCCGGAUGUAUGCGAGGAGAAGAACAAGGGAUGCCUUCCGCGAACACCAGAAGGAGUCGGAUCCUAGAAGGAUACAGGAACUUGUCCAGAACGGGUUGAAGGAAUUGCAGAUGCUGAAGAGACAAACGGUGGUAUCACAAUUCUACCAGCUCGACAGACUGGUCGUGGAAGGAGGCAAAACUUUCAGAACAUCGAAGCUGUCGUGA